AUGCAGCAAAAACCGCUACGAGUGGGAAAUGUUUCGGGCGCGACGGGCGACAGCCCGAAUGCGAUGUAUCGCAUGGCACAGGACGGAAAUGUCGAUGUCAUUGUUGGAGACUGGUUAUCCGAAAUGAACAUCGCUUGGAACGCGAUUGCGAAGGCCCAAGAUCCCUCCUUAGGCUAUGAGCCGGGUUUCCUAAUGCAACUCGGCGAAUCGAUUGAUCUGAUAAUGGAGAGCAAGAUCAAGGUUGUCACUAAUGCCGGGGCACUGAACACAGAAGCAUUGGCUAAAGAAGCCCGCGACAUGUGUCUAGGCAAGGGAUACCGAGACGCGAAGAUUGCCGUUGUGCUUGGUGAUGACAUAUCCGAGUUGGUUCAAGACCCCAAAACUCGUAGCAGCCUGGCUCAUCUUGAUCAUCCGGAUUGGAUUUGUGAGGACUGGCCUCUUGACCCACAUUGCGGUGUGGCCUAUAUUGGAGCAUGGGGAAUUGUUGAAGCCCUCAAGGCUGGCGCGGACAUUGUGCUCUGUGGUCGUGUCACCGAUGCAUCCCCUGUGAUUGGCGCCGCAGCCUGGUGGUAUCAGUGGUCCAAAGAAGCAUGGGAUAAUCUUGCGGGUGCUUUGGUUGCAGGCCAUCUAAUCGAGUGUGGUCCUUAUGUCACCGGGGCCAAUUUCUCUGGCUUCAAAGCGAUUUUACCUAAAUUGGUAGAUCUUUCCUUCCCAAUAGCAGAGAUCGAAGCAGACGGUACCUGUAUCAUCACUAAGUGUCAGCAACAUGCUGGUGCAGUGACAAAGCAUAACACUAUUGCCCAAUUCCUCUACGAACUCCAAGGAGAACAAUACCUCAACUCGGAUGUUGUGGCGAAUCUUCACAACGUUCAGAUUGAAGAGAUAGGCUCAGACCGCAUACGAGUCUGCGGCAUUGCUGGAAACCCACCACCGGAUACAACUAAAGCAAUCAUUGCAGCACCUGGUGGCUACCAGGCCGAAGCAACCUUUUUCAUGAAUGGAUUAGAUGUCGCCGAAAAGGCAGAAAUGAUGCGCAACCAGCUAUCCCAUAUCUUCCGCCAUAACAAUUUCAGCAAACUAUCCAUCGAGCUUUACGGCUCCCCAUCCGCAGACCCAAAAAGCCAGCAAGAAGGCACCGUAUCACUUCGUGUCUUUGCGCAAGCAAGGAAAUUGGAAGAUAUCGCUGCUUCGAGAUUCAAAAUUCCCAUUUAUGCUUUGCGCAUGCAGAGCUAUCCAGGCUAUCAUAUGAAUCUCGACUUCCGCACCAUGGACCCAAAGCCGUUCAUGGAAAUCUUCCCGUACGGUCCUGAGAUCCAAGUCGCGCCUCCAUCUAUAACUAUGAAACAGCCAGUUCAACGACCCUCUUAUGAGACUAUGCAUCCUGUCUCUUUGGAGUCCUUCGGCCCAACACAACUAGCACCAUUAGGAAGCAUUGUGCAUGCACGAUCUGGUGACAAGGCGAAUAACUCCAAUAUCGGCUUUUUUGUACGACAUGAUGACGAAUACCCAUGGCUACAGAACUUUCUCACUGUUUCUCAUUUGAAACUCUUGUUUGGAGACGACUGGUCGGAUAAUACGGAAGAUGGGGAAGAGAGAAGGGUGGAGCGCUGUGAGUUUCCCAAGAUUUUGGCAGUGCAUUUCCGAGUUCUGGACUUUCUGGAUGGCGGUAUCGCCAGUUCGAGCAGAAUUGAUGGACUUGGAAAGGGCAUUGGAGAAUUUCUUCGCAGUCGGCUAGUCCCGAUUCCCUUGAGGUUUCUUGAAAGAGGUCGCAUUUGA